CAAUAGUCUGCACAUAUGAGUGAAUGAAGGCGGUCUGCUCUGCGGUAUUGUGUUGUAUACACGUGUGUUUUCCUGAGGAAUGAAGGUUUUAGAUCUGAAACCAAGUUUUAAUUAAAUAAUCUUUAUACACGGAAGUUUUUGGUUUGUUUACCAAAAUGGUUCCAAAAAUGACUCCAAUUGGUGAGAAAUCGCCAAAUAAAAAAAUGACCACUGAAGAUUCUGCUUCAGAAGAAGAAGAAAAUGACGAAUUUUCAGAGUCAGAUGAGGAAUCGAUAACAAGUGAUAAUGCAUUUACAGAUGCGAUCAAUGAAUCUGUUGCAAAUAAACGCCAGUUGGAGUUUGAUACAGAUGAAGAAGAGGACGUUGAAGACGAGCUGACUGGGGAACAUGAACCACCCAAGAAGAAGAGAAAGAAGAAAAAACUUUCUACAGCGAACAUGAAACCCCCAACGGCAGAAGAAAUGAUUCGCCUGCGAGAAACAGAAAAUUUAUUUCAUUCAAAUUUGUUUCGAAUGCAAAUAGAAGAAAUGAUAAAAGAAGUAAGGCCGAAUAAGGCAGUACGGAAACAAGUAAAACCUUGGAUUGAAAAAUUGAGAGAACUUCUCUUGAAUAUUGAUGAAUCCACUCAAAAACCAUUGACAGACACGUUCUGGCCGCCCAACGUGGAAUCUCCUCUCCCCGGUCUACCCCCGGACACGAGCAAGGGAGUGUCCAGUUUCCUCAAGCCUCUGUCCGUGUCUGCAGUGGGCUCAUACGCUGCCGGCUGUUGUCUGGGACCUUCACUGUCUGUUGACGUUGUUGCCGUCAUGCCCAAAAAAUGUUUCUUGAAGGAGGACUACCUGAACGGUCGGUACCACCGCAAGCGGGCGCAGUACCUGGCACGCCUGGCAGGGGUGUUGCAGGGCAGUGAGCUGGUGACCGGGGUCCGUUGGGCGCUACCGUGGGACCCUCUGAGCCCUCGUCUGGUAGUCACCCCCACCGGCAAGCUGGACAAGGUACAGGUGACCCUGUCUGUGGUGCCUCAGCAAGACACCUUCAAACUGUCACGAUUCUCACCAGACAAGAAUAACACCAGGGAGAGCUGGCUGUCCUACGGCAAGAUGGAAGAUUGCCAUACAGCCACACCAAUGUACAACACUAGUGUGUUGAGGGACAUGGUGAUGACUGCCAAUGAAGCAGUGCGGCAGCAGACUCUGGAGAACAACAACAACCUGAAGGAAGCCAUCACCCUGCUGAGAGUGUGGCUCAGGCAGCGUCAACUGGACGUGGGACCCUAUGGCUUCAGUGGCUAUCUGGCCAGCAUGCUGGUCGUAGCUCUUUUCCGCUCCCAUCGUCUGAACAGCUUGAUGAGCAGCUACCAAAUCACUCGCAAUGUCUGGCUUUAUCUCAGCCAGACAGACUGGACAAAGGAAGGGCUGACCAUGUGUUCCACCAAACAUGAGGAGAAUACACCGUCCCUCCAGGACUUCCACAGCCACUUUGAUGUAGUGUUUGUUGACACAACAGGCCACUGCAACUUGGCUGCUGGCAUCCACCGCCUUACAUAUCAAAGGGUGAAGCAGGAGGCACAACUGGCUGUGGAGUGCCUUGACAAUCAGGACAUGAACAGCUUCCAGGCUUUGUUCAUGACACCGAUGCCAUUCCUGCGCCAGUUUGAUCACAUCAUUCGUGUGAAGACCAAAAAAAUUUUGGUGGAGACAGUGCUGAAAAGGAUGAGCAGUACGGAGAUCCGUGUCAAAAACUACUUUGCUACAGAAGCUUUGUUCAUCUCUGUCGUAACUGGUACGCUGGAGACAGGUCUCGGAGGAAGGCUGGAGAUGUUGGCCUACCAGCUGCCGGUCGAGCAGCAGUGGCCUGUAGCCAGAGCACAUCCCAAGCCAUAUCAGAAUCUGGUGUUAGGCCUCAGACUUAACACUGAAACAGCCUAUAGUAUCAUCGAAAAAGGCCCUCCCGCUAACGAACCUCAGGCAGAAAAGUUUCGAGAGCUGUGGGGCUCUCUGUGUGAGCUGCGUCGGUUCCGAGAUGGUACAGUGUGUGAGGCGGUGGUGUGGGCUAAGUUGGGCGCACCACUCUCUGAACGCCGACUUGUCACCCAGAAGAUGGCGAUGCAUCUGCUACAAAAGCGGUUAGGUAUGUUCGGGUAUUACCUCACCUAUGUGGCCAACCAGCUGGAGACAUUCGUCACGGAGAAGGCGUUCAUCCCGGACAGACUGGAGUACGGGACAGGCGAAGAAGUGAGCCAAGCUGCGGUCCGGACGUUUGACAGUCUAGCCAAGCAGGUGAGGGAGCUACCUGACUUGCCGCUGGAUGUGUCGGGUGUACACGGGAUAUCUGCUGUGCUGCGAGGGGCGGAGGUGUUUCCCCCAGUGCCCUGGAGUGGCCGGCCACAGGCCAAGACUGGGAUGGAGGGUCCCACUUGUUGGAUGUUCAACAGAAGCUUCGGCAAAGCUCCAGAUUACAUUACGCCCAUUGAGGGAGUGAUAGAGCUGGGACUGUCCCGGAAGUGGCCAGAGGAUCCGGAGGCUGUCAGGAGGAUCAGAGCAGCUUUCAAUAUACACAUAGCCAAGGCCAUACUGGAGAAGUACGACUUGCAGACGCAGGCCUACACCGACCAUAUCGACGUGUUCAAGGAGGGGUUUGUGUUCCGGCUACGUGUGGUGUAUCCCCGGGAGGUGGUCUUGUUGAAGGAGUGCAAGACGCCGGAUGGCAAGACGAGCUACCGCGACACUCCAGAAUCUCUCCAGCUGGAGAAGUACACUCUGCACCUGCCUAAGCUCACUGGAGCGUUGCAUGGGCUGCAGCAGCAGUGGCCCAGUAUGGGUGUGGUGUGUCGUCUGGCCAAGAGAUGGCUCUCCUCCCAGCUGCUGGACAAUGCCCACGUACCGGACGUUGCCACCGAGCUGCUGGUCGCUUCGCUGUUCCUCUCUCCCGAGCCAUUCCGUCCGCUCGCGCAGCCACAGCCCAUGUUCCUGCGGUUCCUGCACCUGCUCGCACACACCAACUUCCAUCUGGAGCCUGUCGUCGUCAACUUCAAUGGCAACUUAAAGAGAGAGGACCUCAUCGAGAUAGAGUCGCACUUCCGCAGCGAGCGAACUGCACUGCCCCCACUGUACAUAGCCACCCAGUACGACAAGUCCGGGUCUGUCUGGACCCGGGAGGCCCCGACGUUGCCGGUACUGGUGAGGUUGGCAAGCCUUGCGAGUCAGUCCCUCACAGUCCUGGAGACAAACUUUCUCAGUUCUGCUUUGUCACACAAGUGCAAGGUCGUGUUCCGUCCACCGCUAGAGCUCUACGAUGCUCUGAUACGACUGAAGCCCAUGCAACUGUCACGUCUCAGCCAGGGAGUCGACUUCACUCAAAAAACCCCUGUCCAGGUCAGGGUGCCUAAAGUUCGGAGGAAGAUACCUAUUACAGGGUUCGACCCUGCUGAGUUCUAUCUCCGGGAACUGAGAGAAAGCUACAGUGAUUUUGCUCUCUUUUUCCAUGACACCUACGGAGGAAGAACGAUAGGGGUACUGUUCAAGCCAUCUGCUUUUGAGACACAUGAAUUCAAGGUGAGUCAAGUGAACUGCAGAAAGCCAGUGAAGGAAGGUAAGAAGGAGCUCCUGACUCUGAAUUUCGAUGCCAUCAUUGAGGACUUCUACAUUCUCGGGACCGGCCUGGUUCAGACCAUACACCUGAGUCCUAAGCAUUCUCAGAAAAUGGAACACACUUAGCGUAAUUUUUUUGUACAUUUUGUAAAUAAAUGUAAUAAAAAGUAAGUUUUUUAAUGUUA